AUGAGUGAUUCAGUUGCCAACUUGAACGAGCCAAAAGUCCAGUCAUUGGUGCUCGAUGCCACACCUCUUAUAACACAACACGUCUCCACACUACAACAAUAUGCUAAACAAUUCUACACAACCCCAACGGUUUUCAAAGAAAUUAAAGAUGAGCAUGCUAGAAGAAAUUUAGAGCUUUGGGGUGAUAAUUUAGUAUUGAGACAUCCAAAGAAUGAAUUCAUCAAGAAAGUUAGUGAUUUUGCUAAAUUAACUGGUGAUUAUGCUGUUUUAAGUGCUAAUGAUAUUCAUAUCAUUGCAUUAACUUAUGAAUUAGAAGUUGAAUUAAAUCAUGGUGAUUGGAGAUUAAGAAAAUUCCCUGGUGAAAAAUUGGAAUUCAAUAACAAGAAAUCUAAGCAAGAAGUUAAACAGGAUGAAGAACCAAAGGAAAUAGUGGCUGAAACCCCAACAACUGAAGAACCAAAGAAGAAACAAAGACGUAGAGGUGGUAAGAAACAAAGAGCUAAAAGAGAAGCAGCGUUGCAAGCUGAAUUAGAUGUAGAAGAGCAAGAAGAGCAGCAAACAGAGGAUAAGGAAAUAAAUGAAACCACAAAGGCCCUUGAUGAUUUGAAGAUUCAAAAUCAAGAAGAAGAAGAACCAUUAUCUCAAACUGAUCUAUCUGAAGACUAUGAUGAUUCAGAUGAUGAUGGAGAUUGGAUUGAUCAAGAUAAUUUAUUACAAGAGAUGAUCAAAGAUCAAGGAGAAAAAAUAGAGAACCAAUCAACAGUAUCAUCAUCAACAAAGAUUAAAUGUGCAUUAUCAACUCAAGAUUUUGCUGUACAAAAUGUUUCCUUACAAAUUGGAUUAAACCUUAUGAAUACACUAUCAGGUUUACAGAUCAAAAGAGUCAGAAACUAUAUGCUAAGAUGUUAUGCCUGUUUCCGUAUGAUUCCAUUCCCAAAAGAUGGUAAACCAAAACAUUUUUGUCCUCAUUGUGGUGGUCAAACUUUAUUAAGAUGUGCAGUUUCUGUUGAUGCUAGAACUGGUGAUGUUACACCUCAUUUGAAGGCAAAUUUUGAAUGGCAUAAAAGAGGUGAUCGUUAUUCAUUAGCUUCCCCAUUAAGUAAAGCUUCUCAAAAAAGAUUAGGUAAAAAAGGGUUUGUUCAUAAUAAGUCUAAUAAACAAAAAGAAUACAAUGAACCUAUUUUAAGGGAAGAUCAAAAAGAAUAUGCUAAAGCUGUUAAAGAUGAAGAUUGGUUGAGAAGACAAAAUGAAAAAGUUUUGAAUGAUUGGAUUGGUGGUGGUAGUGCUGAUAAUUUUAUUUCACCAUUUGCUGUUCAAGGUUAUAGAUCAAGUGGUGUGAAAGUUGGGAAAGGUAGAUUUAUUAACUCAUCGAGAGGUAAAAGAUAA